CAGCUAAAAGCAAAAGCUGAAAACUAGAAGUUGGAAUCUGAACACGCACAGCAUCCUUCAUAAAUGGCUUGAAAGCGGUUGCCUUGGGGAUUCUGAGUAUUCGGUGCCUGUCAACACCAUGACGCAUCUUCAAGUCUUCAUUCCAGGCCUCAUACUUCUUCUCCCAGCUGCUGUAGAAUCUGUCCUGGAAGUGCGUGGAGUGGUGGGCCACCCUGUGACACUGCCGUGUACUUAUCCGGUAUCUCGCGGAAUCUCACCCGUGUGUUGGGGCCGAUUGGCACGUUUUUCUGAUCAAUGUAAAGAUGGUAUUAUCCUGACCAAUGGAUACAACAUCUCCUAUAAGAGGAACAAGCGUUACCACCUCAAGGGGCCGCUUCUUCAAGGAAAUGUGUCUUUGACCAUAGAGACAGUCACUGAGAGUGACAGUGGCUUCUACUGCUGCCGAGUGGAGAUGAAGGAAUGGAAUGCUGUCCUGAUCGUCUCGCUGACAGUUCAUACAGAAAGCGACCCAGCACAGAACCCACCAACGAUCAUGACUAGAAGAUUCUAUAUUGGAAUCUCCAUUACCUUGCUGUUUUUCCUUCUUGCGAGCACAGCGGUUAUCACAAAGUGCAUCCUUAUGAAAAGGAAGUCGGGAUCUCGAAGCUUGGUAGCACUUCGUGUCUGUAGGACCGGAACUUUACAGAAUAUAGAGAGCAGGCGACCACGAGCCCAAGAGAAUAUCUACAUUAUCGAAGACGGUCCUCCUGUCCGAGAUUAA